UCCUAUCCGGAUAUGCACAAUCGCCUACGCACAAUUACCAUCGCCACAUAAAAACUUUCCGGAAUCUUCCACCCGGCAUACUGUUUUUUUUGCUUAUCUAGCCCCAGUGUCUUUUCAAACGCAGUCGCGUAUACGUAAUGUCCUACGUGUGCACCUUUUCCCAGGUGAUCCUUGACAAAGGCCUGCAUUAACAUCUGCAGGUCCUCCACGGUUUAUACCCGAAAAUGUUACAUAAAAAAACAGUCACACCGGUUGUUCUACAUAAACGAACAUGCUCCUAGUGUUACCAGUUAAAACCCGCUACACAUCCUUGAUCGACUGUGUUGUCUAGUAUGCCACGUGUAAGAUGUAAGGAUUUAAUGUGAACAGCGUAUAUAUAUGUGUGUGUUAUACUACUUGAUAUGCUCACAGUGAAUGUACGUCACGACGAGACGUCAAUCGUUCAGGGAAUAAAGGACGACAGUAAAAGCUUACCCUAUAAACCUCUGACUUUCUGGACUUCCUGUGAUAACAACGACGAUAUGCUAAUAAGGAGAAUGAACAACGCUGGGAGGUUUAUGCUGUGUUUAAGCGUAUUGAUGGUGAUCCUAUACAUAAUCUGGUUUAGAGGGAAUAAUGACAUUACCACAUCAUUGCCGAUCGACAGCGAAGAUACGCUGGAGUUCGAAGAAGAGGUCACUAGUACUAAAAAGCCUCAUAUACUCUUCAUCUUUGCUGACGAUUACGGAUAUAAUGAUAUAGGAUAUCAUGGAUCAGAAAUUAAGACACCUAAUCUAGACCGGCUAGCGGAGGAGGGAGUACGACUGGAGAACUAUUAUGUACAGCCAAUAUGUACUCCGUCCAGGAGUCAACUCAUGUCCGGUAGAUACCAGACACACACAGGGUUACAACACAGACACAUUGCGGGAAACAUGCCAAAUGCUCUCCCCCGCGAUAGUCCCACACUUCCUGACAAGAUGCGGGAGGCAGGGUAUUCUACACACAUGGUAGGAAAGUGGCACCUGGGCUUUUACAAGGAGGAGUAUCUGCCGAUCAACAGAGGAUUUGAUUCAUUUUACGGUAUCUUAGCAGGACAAGCAGACCAUUACAACAAAACGUAUUGUUAUGAUUUCUGUGGGUAUGACUUCCGCGAUAAUCAUGACACUGUUGUCCCUGUCCCCAUGGAAUACUCGACACACCUGUAUACUAAACGUGUUACGGACCUUGUCCGCAAUCACCAGUCGACAAAGCCUAUGUUCCUGUAUUUAGCGUUUCAAGCCGUGCAUGGUCCUCUCCAGGUGCCAAGAAAAUAUUCUGACCCUUAUUCUAAUAUUCCUGACGCCAACAGGACAAUCUAUGCAGGUAUGGUGGCCGCUAUGGACGAGUCGGUUGGGAACAUCACGACAGCACUCAAGGCCAAUGGGAUGUGGGAUAAUACAAUUUUGGUUUUCUCAACAGACAAUGGAGGAAGGGUAGAUUUGGGAGGCAAUAACUGGCCCUUAAGGGGCUGGAAAAGUUCCUUGUGGGAGGGAGGAGUGCGUGGUGUAGGGUUUGUUCAUGGUCAAAAAUUGAAAAACAAAGGCACAAUAUCAAAAGAACUUAUCCACGUAUCAGACUGGUAUCCAACUUUAGUCGGACUUGCAGGUGGAUCACUAAAAGGAACUCGGCCUUUAGACGGAUUCGACCAAUGGAACACAAUAAGUAUAGGAUCCGCUAGUCCUAGAGAUACUCUCCUACAUAACAUAGACCCUUUGUCAGACCCAGUCGGAGAUAAGCUGAUGGGGAGCCCGUUUGAUAACCGCUACAGAGCUGCACUGAGGUGGAAAAAUUGGAAGAUUAUAACUGGAACACCAGCAUAUUCAGGUAAUGGCAGCUGGAUACCUCCACCCGGCUCCUCUCAUCGGCCCCAGCUAGAUAUCGAUGCGGGUAACCCCAAAAAGAAUAUUUGGUUGUUUGAUAUUUCUGAAGAUCCAGAGGAGAGGGUGGAUUUACACGAGAAACUCCCCAAGAUUGUUAUGUUGAUGUUAAGAAAGCUUCAUGAAGCCAAUUCCACGGCUGUUCCAUGUAGUUACCCUCCUGUGGACAAACGGGCUGAUCCCAAGCUACAUGGUGGAUACUGGGGGCCAUGGAUAAAAUGAAACAGUCGAAUAACACUUAUUUUUCUAAGCUAGAAAUGUAUGUUCAUUCGUACUAAAAUCUGCAAGAACAAACAUGCAUAUAUACAAAAAAAGUGCAUCAAAUCUUUGUCAGUCAUAGCUACCGGUUUAAGUAUGCAAACACUCAGUUAAUAACAUAUCAUACAACGUUUAGUUUAUGAUAUAUCUGACUGGUAUGGUCUUGGAAAACGCACGUGCGAUUAAGAAAAAAAACCGCCAUUACGUUUACAAUGUAUGUGUGAUUCUAUGGUAUACAAAUACCGCGAUAUCCGAUGGCUAACUUUGAUCUACAUAUAUAGUCAAGAAUAUGUGACUAGAGGUGUUUGAAAUCGACAUGCCACGUUCGAUAUAUAAAUCAUAUUUAUUUGUCAUAAAAUUUAGCUCAGACAGUGUAUUUUAUGACACUGAUUCGUUCAGAAAGUGUAUGAUAGCACUUUCAAGACCUGUUUGUUGUGUGCAAUAUGUAUACUGUAUAAAAGUCCCGCAACAAUGAAAUGCCUUCAUUUCAGUCAAAGUGUUUGGCGUUCUGAAUCAUGUGUACAAUAAUGACGAACCAUGCAUAGUAACAUUAUGGUAUUUCCUUAUGUACUGUACAAUGAAUACUGUUUCGGGGGAUACCAUCUAUAAUAAAUCUCACGAUUACUGUCAUUUACAUAGACGUGUUAAAAGUAAACGUAUAUAUAUAUACUACAUAAUUGUGAAUUGUCAUCAACUUGAACAAAACGGGAAUAUAAACGUCAAUACUUUUAUUUCGCUUCAUUUUUGCAAUUUAAUAAUUAUCCUGUAAAUAAAGUCAUAUCUCAUAUCCUUAUGGUGUCCAGUUACAUUGCUAUAUUAUUCCACACCAUUUACAAGCAUGAACUGUGGUGUGGUACAUACCCGACGAAAGUAUAGACAUUACAUGGUGCGGUGCAACAUAUGUAGAGAGAUCCAGUAUGUGUCAAGCGGUGUGCGGUCUACUUUGUCAAUUGGUCAUUACAAUGCUAACUAUUAUGUUAGUUGUUCUAUUAUUAAAUGUAUGUACACAUAUGCAUCACUUAUACUCACUAUAUCAUAAACUGAACCUUUUUAGGCAUUAUAAAUCUAUCGUGUCAUCAAUCGAUCAGUAAGCAUUUAAACAUGCAUUAUACAUAUACCACUCUAUUGUUAUAUAGACAUGUAUUAUAUAAAUAUAACACUCUAUUAUAUACAUGACCAUGAAUUAUAUAUAUGUAACACUCUAUUGUUAUAUGGACAUGCAUUUUAUUUUAUAUAGACAUGCGGGUACAGUCACUAUAUGAUACGAUAUGUAUAUUGUAAAUUUUAUCUUAUAUGUAAGUUUUGACAUUUUUCAUCAUCAUUGUAUUUCCUUAGUAAUUUGCGGUCAUAUGUAUAUUUCAUCAUGUAUGUUUUAUGGGAAAAGACGGAUUAUAAGUUUUUAAACUUGGUUCUGAUCCCAUUUGUAUAUUUGCAAAUAAAAUAUGAUUUAAUCAACAUCAUUGGAAUUUAUUUCUAUUACAGUUUUCGAAUAUUAGAAUUUGUCUGUGAGUUGUAAUUAAUGGAAGCAAUUGUAUCUGUUUUUGCUUUCUUGAUCUCUGAAACAUUUUGACAAACAGUUCUCUAUGUCGUUGAUAUAUAUCUAUGCAUGUAUCAGUCCAUAUAACAUUACUAUGUAGCACUUUAUAUUACAUUGUAAUGUUUCAUAAUAAAAAAUAUAAUAUUGGCAUUGGGAAUACUAUUUUAUAACAUAAUGUGCUGUGUUAUCCAGUGAAUAUAUCCAUGUUAUGUUUCUGUGCGUACUAACACAUGUAAUAUGACCUAUCAGCCCUGUGAUUGUUUGAAAGUUUAAAUUGUUUCGAUUGUGACGUCACGCCUUGGACAAGUUCUUGACGUCACAUACUUACGCACUUGAG